CGGGGUUACCUUAUGUACGGUGUUAAUCCUACAGAAUCCUGCCCUGUUCUACUUUCUUAAACUCAAUCUUUUUACUAUAUCCCGGGAGUGUGAUUCUGUGCACUAUAGUCUGAAUCCUGACUUUGAGUAAAUUUUUAUAUCCUUACUUGACUAAUUGCAAAAUCUUAUAAUAUGUAUUUGGCCAAUUCAAUCCCAAGUUGACCUUUUAUUCCAAGAGCGGUUAUAAUUGUUGUAACAAUUUAUAAUAAAUUUUAAAAAUUUUUAAAUGCAGGGUGAUGCUAGACCAGUCGAAACAAUCUUUCUAAAAAAUGUUGUCCCGUACACCUGUGUUGGAUUCAUGUGUGAUAGGAUGCCUGUCCGUCGUCCAUCUCUACCGCAAGGUGUAGCUGUUCAACGUUUGGUGGGUAUUGGAAUGGAUCCACAAGCCACAAAAGUUCAUUGGAUUCUUUUUCCAUCAGAACAAAUAUUAGAAGAAUGGAUGAAUGCUAUCCUUUCAACUCUACCCAAACCACCUACAAAUCCUUCACAGAAUAUUCCUCAACAGCCUACAAGUGAAAAAACUUUUGUUCCCCCAGCAAGAUACCCGGACGCCCCACCUGCUUAUCCAACACCCCCAAUGUCUAAUACGUAUCCUUCCAACUUUCAACAACCGCAACAGAUCCCUUAUGGAGCGAGACCUCAAUAUCCACAGCAACAACCUUAUUAUCCUCCCCCACAGCCUCAAACAGUAAUUAUUGAUCGCACAUCAACAGCCUAUGCCCAACCAACUGCUACUUCCACUUUUGGCACUGGAUUAGCAGCCGGAGCUGGAGGGGCACUCCUCGGCUCUCUCCUAGGUUACGGUAUUGGCAGUAUGUUUGCCCCACAUGGGGGCUGGGGAGGUGGUGGAUGGGGAGGGGGUUAUGGAGGUAGUGGGUUUGGCGGAGGAUAUAUACAGGAUAAUGAUACGUAUAUAACUAACAAUUAUUAUAUGAAUGAUGAUAAUAAUCAGAGCUCGUCACCUGUAGUGAACGAUGUUACUGACUCUACAGAUUACUCGCAUCCUGGAAUAACCGAUUAUAAUGGCGGAACUUAUGACUAUGAUGGAGGGGGAGCUUGGGAUUCUGGUGGAGGCUUUGACAGUGGUGGAGGCUUUGACAGUGGAGGUGGAUUUGACAGUGGUGGUGGAGAUUGGUGA